AUGCAUAAUGGGGACUCGCAAGACUCACUAAAUUCUUUGCACUCAAAUACAAAUAAUAACUACUAUUAUACUAGGCCUUAUUCUGACGCCUCAAAAAAUGUGUCUUACAAAAUAAGAAAUCAUGAAAAGAACAAUAGCGGAUUCAAAGAAGGGGCUUCAAAUAAUGGUAAAGGCUUCAGAAACUUUGUAGUAAAUGGCCUCAACCAAAGGAAGUUCCAUAAUAAUUUAUUAUUGAAUCGUAAGGGUAAUGGUCUUGGUACAAAUGCAGGUUUAGCUUUGGGUUCUGUAUCAUCUUCAAGCUCGCGAGGAAUUAGAUCCAGCAAGUUUGGCGAUAGGUUAGGGAAGUUAGAUUGGGGUUCUCAGAACCUUAUUCCUUUCGAAAAGAAUUUCUACCACGAGCACGAAAGUGUCUCUAGUUUGUCAAAUGAGCAAGUGGAUCAAAUUAGGAAAGAACGCAAGAUAACUAUAAUAGCAGGUGAAAAUGUACCGAAACCCAUUACUAGUUUUGUUGCCUCAGGUUUUCCGAGUUUCCUGAUAGAUGCUCUUUACCGGACAGGAUUUACUGAACCAACAGCAAUUCAAGUUCAAGGCUGGCCAGUUGCUUUAUCAGGACAUGAUAUGAUUGGCAUAGCUGAAACAGGUUCAGGGAAAACAUUGGGAUUUUUACUGCCCGCAAUGAUACAUAUUAGGGCUCAGCCUCGGUUAAGAUACGGGGACGGACCAAUAUGCCUUGUUCUUGCACCAACUAGGGAAUUGGUAGAGCAAAUUAGGGAACAGGCCAAUCAAUUUGGUAGCAUUUUGAAACUAAGAAACACUGCCAUUUAUGGUGGGGUAUCAAAGAGACCUCAACAAGUUUCAAUUAGAAACGGAGUAGAAAUUUGCAUUGCUUGUCCUGGUAGACUUAUUGAUUUGCUAGAAGAGGGUUACACAAAUCUAUCUAGGGUCACGUAUCUAGUUCUAGACGAGGCGGAUCGCAUGCUAGAUAUGGGGUUUGAGCCCCAGAUUAGGAAAUUAGUUUCUCAAAUUCGUCCUGACCGGCAGACGCUACUUUGGAGCGCGACAUGGCCGAAGGAGGUGCAGAAGUUAGCUAGAGAUCUUUGCAGAGAGGUUCCUAUACACAUAAAUGUGGGAUCUGUAGACGCGUUGAAGGCAUCCCAUAACAUAAAGCAGUAUGUGGAUGUGAUAGAAGAAAGCGAAAAGAAAGCUAAGCUAAAAAUGUUUUUGAGUCAAGUAAUGGUUGAGUCGACUCCAAAAGUGUUGAUAUUCUGCGAAACUAAAAAAGGUGCAGAUAUUCUAACGAAGGAGUUGAGAUUAGACGGCUGGCCUGCUCUGUGUAUACAUGGUGACAAGAAGCAGGAAGAACGUACAUGGGUUUUGAAUGAGUUUAGAACUGGUGCAUCACCUAUAAUGAUAGCAACAGAUGUUGCAGCAAGAGGUUUAGACAUAAAAGAUAUUAACUUUGUAAUUAACUUCGAUUUUCCAAAUCAGAUUGAAGAUUAUAUCCACCGGAUAGGCAGAACUGGAAGAGCUGGAGCCACUGGAGUUUCAUUAUCCUUCUUCACUCCUGACAAAUACAGAAUGGCAAGUGACCUCAUAAGGGUUCUGAGAGAAGCCAGGCAAAAGAUACCACAGGAGCUUUUCAGACUCUCACCUCCAAACAAAAGAACACGGCCCAGAAACACUGGCUUCAGAAGAAACAAUCCUAAUAGUCUUCCGCUAGGUGGUAGUAACAAUAGAACUUAUCGUGAUUUACAGCGCUAA